AUGCGUUUUUCAAGGACCCUGACAGCCAGGCGUGGACAAAUCGUCCAUUUCGAAGACCUCACAGCCCCAUCUUCGAGUUUUAGAACAAGACCGUCUCAGAAGCCAAGGCACAUUGACACCAAGCGCAGUGAAAAACCGGCAAAACAUCCUUCCUUUGAUCCAAAGGCGACAACGUUUCCUGUGAAAUGGGAUGUGCCGGGUGGUGUACCAAUCCAUCUUUAUACCGACGACAUUGACUUUGGCACAAAGCAACAACUCAUCAACCUUUCCAGUAGUGGAAUUGCAGUUGGAUUUGUGGCUGCCAUGCCAGAUGUGCAUCUUGGCAAAGGAGCCACAAUUGGUUCAGUCUUUGCUUCUCGCGACUAUGUUUGCCCCAAUGCAGUUGGAGUAGAUAUUGGUUGUGGGAUGUGCGCUGUCCCUGUCCAAGGCUUGAGAAGAAAGGAUGUUUCGGAGAAGAACCUGGUGCACAUUCAGCGAGGCCUAAGAAGCUCCAUCCCAACUGGCUUCGAAUCCCAUGGCCGGAGCUCAGCUGCAAUGGAGGCCACCAUGAAGAAGUUAAUCUCAACACAUUUGCCCACGCGCUGGAUCAGGGACACUCUCAGCCAUCGGCAUACCAAGCAGCUCGGCACUCUUGGCGGUGGCAAUCAUUUCGUGGAACUUGUCUACGACGAAGAGGACCAUGUUUGGAUGAUGCUGCACAGUGGGUCUCGAAACAUUGGCAAUGUCACCGCCCAGCACUAUGAUGAGCUGGCUGCCAAACAGUGUGGCAAAGACCGAGAAUCCCUAGCAUAUCUGAGGAUUCAAUCAGAGCAGGGACAGCAAUAUUUGAAAGACAUGACGUUCUGUCAAGCAUAUGCUUGGGAGAACCGGCGCUUCAUGAUGGAUACAUUUGCUGAAGUUGUAAGAAAAGAGACUGGCCGUGAAGCUCUGUGGGAGAAAAUGGUGAAUAUUCAUCAUAAUUACUGCGAAUGUGAAGAUUGCAGGUACUUUGACACUCAGACCAAGAGGUGGAACGAGGAGAAGCUAUGGGUGACGCGAAAAGGGGCGACCUCAGCGAAAGCCGGACAAAUGGGCAUCAUCCCAGGAAGCAUGGGGACUGGGUCAUACAUCGUCCGUGGCAAGGGCAACUCCGAGUCUUGGCAGUCGUGCUCCCAUGGAGCUGGUCGAUCUAUGUCAAGGGCAGCAGCCUUCAAGAAUAUUGACUCAAGAACCUUUGCCCAACACAUGCGUUCGCAUGGCAUCGUUUGGGAUGAAGACUUCGCAGACAAAGUUCGCGAUGAGGCUCCCAUGGCCUACAAGGACUUGAACACUGUAAUGCAGAAUCAAGCGACUUUGGUGGAGGUGGUGCAUCACUUGCAGCCUUUGAUCAACAUGAAGGGCUGGUGA